AUGCUUUUAGUUAUAUGUAUAGCAAUAGCUAUAGUUAGUUGUAUACCCAGUAAGUCAAACAUUAUCGGCGGUACUGAUGCCAAACGGGGCGACAAUCCGCACAUGUGUUCACUACAGGUGCGCGGGUCGGGUCACAGUUGCGGUGCUUCAAUCAUCGGUGACCAGUGGGCCAUAACGGCUGCACACUGUGUUUUCGGGGAAACACCUAAAACCCUAUACUUACGGUGCUCUACACUUGAACAUGCCAAACCUGGCCGGGACUAUAAUCUAACUGACCUCAGUGUACACAAACAAUUUGACGGUUAUCAUUAUGAUUUGGCCCUGCUGAAAAUUCAGGGUAAAUUUCAGCUAGGCAGCCCUGAUAUGGAUAAAAUACAACUGGCAGCUCCGGGAUCUAAUGUAACCGUGGGUAGUCUAUUGACAGUUACCGGUUGGGGUAUCUAUAAUCUGACUGAUCGUAAACUGUCGCCAAAAUUGCGUACAGUUGAUGUACCAGUAGUUGAUUGGCUGAAAUGUGUCGAUGCAUAUAAACGUAAUAAAAUGAAUGUUACCCAGGAUGAAUUUUGUGCCGGCUAUGACCAAGGUGGUAAAGAUAGUUGCACAAGUGAUUCUGGCGGUCCUAUUAAAUAUCAAAAUACAUUGGUUGGUAUAGUUUCGUGGGGUGCCGACUGUGCCCAACCCAACUAUCCCGGUGCUUAUGAAAGAGUGGGCCUAUUCAGGGAUUGGAUCAAACAGAUUAGUGGCAUUUAA